GUGCUGAUAAAGGCAGAAACAGAAUGUUCCUAACGCGUGUCAGGUCAUGUGACGGCACGUGACGUCACAGCAGAUUCACAUUCAGCAAUACUUUCAGUUCCAGGGCAAUUUUUCAUCGUACUCGCAACGACUUCGCAGGCCAAAAUUUUGCGUGUGUGUCGCUCAGUACUGUUUCGUAGCUGAAAAAUUCUCGAAAUUUGCAGUGCACUUUUAAGGUAGAGGCGCAGAAAAAGUCUAUCCAAGAUGAACGCCCAACAAGCCCAGCGGGAACAUGUCCUCGCCGUAUCCCGGGACUUUAUCUCCCAGCCCCGCUUGACCUACAAGACCGUGUCUGGUGUGAACGGUCCCCUGGUCAUCCUGGAUGAGGUCAAGUUCCCCAAGUUUGCCGAGAUCGUGCAGCUGCGCCUGGCUGACGGUACCGUGCGCUCCGGCCAGGUGCUUGAGGUGAGCGGCUCCAAGGCCGUGGUCCAGGUGUUCGAGGGCACCUCGGGCAUCGAUGCCAAGAACACGCUUUGCGAGUUCACUGGCGACAUUCUGCGUACGCCCGUGUCGGAGGAUAUGUUGGGCCGUGUGUUCAACGGAUCCGGCAAGCCCAUCGACAAGGGACCCCCAAUCCUGGCUGAGGAUUUCCUGGACAUUCAGGGCCAGCCCAUCAACCCCUGGUCGCGUAUCUACCCCGAGGAGAUGAUCCAGACCGGUAUCUCGGCCAUCGAUGUGAUGAACUCGAUUGCCCGUGGCCAGAAGAUCCCCAUCUUCUCCGCCGCCGGUCUGCCCCACAACGAAAUCGCCGCCCAGAUCUGUCGUCAGGCCGGUCUCGUCAAGCUGCCGGGCAAGUCCGUGCUGGAUGACCACACCGACAACUUCGCCAUCGUGUUCGCCGCUAUGGGUGUGAACAUGGAGACUGCCCGAUUCUUCAAGCAGGACUUCGAGGAGAACGGCUCCAUGGAGAACGUGUGUCUGUUCUUGAACUUGGCCAACGAUCCGACCAUCGAGCGUAUCAUCACUCCCCGCCUGGCUCUGACUGCCGCCGAGUUCUUGGCCUAUCAGUGCGAGAAGCACGUGCUGGUCAUCCUUACCGACAUGUCCUCGUACGCCGAGGCUCUGCGUGAGGUGUCUGCUGCCCGUGAGGAGGUGCCCGGCCGUCGUGGUUUCCCCGGUUACAUGUACACCGAUUUGGCCACCAUCUACGAGCGUGCCGGUCGUGUGGAGGGACGCAACGGAUCCAUCACCCAGAUCCCCAUUCUGACCAUGCCUAACGAUGAUAUUACCCAUCCCAUUCCCGAUUUGACCGGUUACAUUACCGAGGGCCAGAUCUACGUCGAUCGUCAGCUGCACAACAGACAGAUCUACCCACCAGUCAACGUGCUGCCAUCGCUGUCGCGUCUGAUGAAGUCUGCCAUCGGCGAGGGCAUGACCCGCAAGGAUCACUCUGAUGUGUCCAACCAGCUGUACGCUUGCUACGCCAUCGGCAAGGACGUGCAGGCCAUGAAGGCUGUGGUGGGUGAGGAGGCUCUGACGCCCGACGAUCUGCUGUAUCUGGAGUUCUUGACCAAGUUCGAGAAGAACUUCAUCUCGCAGGGCAACUACGAGAACCGCACUGUCUUCGAAUCCCUGGACAUCGGCUGGCAGCUGCUGCGUAUCUUCCCCAAGGAGAUGCUCAAGCGUAUCCCGGCCUCCAUCCUGGCCGAAUUCUACCCUAGGGACUCGCGCCAUUAGAUUCUGUUUAUUGUUUUGUUUUUGAUUUUUGUCCAAAAUUUUGUUUCAUUCAUAAUUUAAGCUGGCGGCGGCGCAACGUGCGGCGCGUCUCCACCUCCUGCAAUAUCCGCUGUGUAUGCGUCUAUAUAUACAUAAACCACAAUACAACCACAAAAUAUCUAACCUACGUUGAGAGCCUGGAUUUGUGUGCCUCGGAGCGACCCAGCGUAGCCAAACAAUAACUAGUUAAAUAUCGUCCAAGCGAGCAAACCUACUCCAAAGUGUGUGUUUUAGUAUUGAAGUCCCGUCUUGCAAUGUACAUAAAUUGAAUUGCCUAAUGAUUGUCCUUACUCCCGCCAACACACUGUAAUUUCAUUUGUUAAAGUUUACUAUUUUUGUUAGGUUUUAAGUGUGUAUGCUCUUUGAACUGUUUAUAAUUUCUCUAAUCAUUUUCGCAUAAAGAAUCGUAGCAUUCCAACAAAAAUUAACAAUUGCCUAUUUGUGUUGCCUUCGUUUGCUCCCCUGAUGUUCUUACGUUAGACGUUUCACCAGUUCGCACAAGUAUUAAACAAUCCCCGCCCCCUAUUUUCCGUACCGCCCCCCGUCCCUGCACCGAAACCUUGUGAACAAUUUGUACAGCAACUCAACUAAACAAUGGAAUAUUAAGUGCAAAAACAAUGCUUUAAUGCAAAUAAUGUUUUAAAAGUGCAAAUCUGCAGAAAGUAUAAAGAUCUAUAAAAUAAUACUGUUUGUUUUUCGUCUCUAAAUUAAUGAAUAUUACAUAAAGUUGCAUAAAUUAAUAUAUAUUUGUUUGUUGUCUCUGGUCACAAGAGUGAAUGGGGAAGUCCUCUAUUAUAUGGCCCAAUCAUUUCCGCAACGACAACUUAACAACCAUGAACAGAAGCCGAAACAAUAAGUGUUGAAAUAAUAUGUAUUUAAAGAAACUAGUUCAUGUAUAUGUAUAAACUAUAGAACAUUUAAACGAUGAAUAAACUACACACGAAAUCAUGUUAAAUAAAGUCAUACAUGCUUAUUUCAA